GGGGAGCCUUCGCGGUCCUCGUCCGGCCUUUCCGGCUGCCGUUCCCAUCUCGGCGCUGGUCCCCGUCGUGCGGCGCAGCGUGGAGAUGCCCGGCCGUGGGGUGCGCGCCGACGACCGCGCUGCACCCGUGCCGGCCCCCGACCGUGCUGCACCCGUGCCGGCCCCCGGCCGCGCUGCACCCGCGCCCGUCCACACUUCGACGGCUGCAAACACCGAGGCCCUCAGCAGCAAGAUUAAAGAACAAAAAAUUCUUGUGGAUGAACUUUCUAACCUGAAGAAGAAUCGGAAAGUAUACAAGCAGCAACCAAACAGCAACAUAUUCUUUAUUGCAGAUCGAACAAAAAUGUUUUCUGAAAGCAAAAAUACAUUAGAUGAACUAAUAAGAGAAUACCAAGCAUUAGAAAACUCAGAAACAACCGAAGUCAAGACCCAGUCGCCCUGACUUCACAGAACCAUGUGUGGCAUUUGCUGUUCUGUAGGCUUCUCUGUUGAGCACUUCAGUAAAGAGUUAAAAGAGGAUUUGCUGUACAAUCUUAGACGACGGGGCCCCAAUAGUAGCAAGCAGUUGCUAAAAUCUACUGUUAACUAUCAGUGUUUAUUUUCUGGUCAUGUUCUUCAUUUGAGAGGUAUUUUGACUGCCCAGCCUGUGGAAGAUGAAAGCGGCAAUGUGUUCUUAUGGAAUGGAGAAGUUUUUAACGGAGUACAGGUUGAAGCA